AUGACCGAUGAUGCUGCAUCGGUGAGUAUCCUAUCCAACUGUUCAGUAUUGCUAUUGGUCGAUAUCGAUGACAAUGUCUUGGUAUCGAUAAUGAUUAUGAGGGAAUAUCAAGAAGAGACAAACAGGGUUGUAUUGGCCAUUCAAACUUAUCUAUUGCUGUUGCUCGAUGACACUGCUGGUCCAAAGCAGAAGCUCCUCUCUGCUGCUCUUUCUGUUUCAAGUGAGCCAGCACAAGAUCCAAACGGUUCCGGUCCAGUUGUUGUCGAGAACAUGGAUGCCAUCGACGCUUUCCACUUCAAAAAGACGUUUGGUCCACACUACUUGAGCAUACCAUAUGCCAUCAUCAAGGAGUACUUUGGCUCAUUGCAAAGUAUCAUGGAGACAAGAGACGCUACCAUCAACAGUCGAAAUGAUUCUUAUCUGUUGGCAUUUCAAGGUUGUGAAGAGAAUAUUCAUAUAGCAUCAUAUAAGACCAAUCGUAAAUAUCAAUCAAUCAUCAAUAAGAAACCAAUAUAUCAUAUAUCACAUACUUAUACUAUUAUUUACUAUUACUAUUACUGUAGCAAACGGAGCAAUCAAACUGGGAAGAAUAUUGUCACUUUUGUCUAUCCAAAUCGUUGGUUAAUGAGUGGUUGCAGAGUUGGGGGUAUGUGGAACAUCCUACUUCUUGGAAGAGCCCACGCUGAUGGUGUCGAGAGAGGUAUUUACAUUAUGGAUUGUGGCUACCAGGUGGUCCACCGUAUUGUCUUGGAUCAAGGCAUCAUCAAAUUCGUUGAUGUUGACUACGCUCAAUUCAAACAAGACAUGCUCAACAUGUCUGAAACUUACUAUUUCUACUCAAGUGAUAUGGGUGGUUAUGCCAGUCGGUUGCACACUUCAAAACAUCUCAUGAAGAAUGUGCACACUGACAAUCAGGUCAAGGAUGCCUUCUCCAAGGCAUUUGACCAGGUCAGAGACGUUGCCUUUUGGGCAAGAUCGUCCAACACUAGAUUUGAAACUGUAGCAUGA